GGUGUUUUUAAAAAACUGUCCAUUUGUUGGUCAAUUUUUUAAAAACUGGAACGUUAAAACUUUACUAUAUUUGCCUACAUGGAAACAUACCGGCAAAAUACCGCCUAUAAAUCGAUUAGUGUUUGUAAAAUACGUAUCGCUAACCAGAAUGACUUGAAUGACGAGCUACCCCAUUGCAAGUAUAGCUAACGCCAGCUAGCUAACUGAAUGAACGCUGACAACGUUCCCGAUGUCAACGAUGCCCCUCGCCUCCAAAUCACGCCAAGGCUUGCUGGCUUGGGGAAAAUCACCGAACAUCUCUACCUCAGCAGUGGAAAGGCUGCGAACGAUAGCUCAAUGGUCUGCGCGUUUAAAAUCACCUGCAUCAUUAACGCCACCGAGAACGUCACGAACAUUCCGAUCCCGGCGGUGGAGUACGUCAGGGUGCCGGUGGCCGACUCGCCCUUGUCCCAGCUGAGCGAUCAUUUCGACGGUGUGGCGGACAAAAUUCACCGGGUUCACGAGCAGCAGGGACGGGUCCUGGUCCACUGCAACGCCGGCAUUAGCCGCUCCGCCACGCUCUGCCUGGCGUACCUCAUGAAGCACCGCAGCAUGACGCUGGCGGAUGCUCACGACUGGGUCAGAUCACGCCGGCCCAUCAUCAGACCUAACAGUGGGUUCUGGAAACAGCUCAUUGACUACGAGUACAAACUUCACGGAUCUGGCACUGUGCGAAUGAUAUCGUCCCCCGUAGGAGAGAUUCCGGAUGUAUAUGAAAAAGAAACAAGAAAUUUGAUUCCAUGUUAAAAAGGCAGCCUACUUUUGCUAAUACACCCCCCCCCCCUAAUACCAAUAUGCAGCAAGAGUGAAUCAUCUGUAUAUACAGGUGGCCUAUAUGGAAAAUUGUCCAUCUAAAUUGACAUUUUCCUAAAUGGAAUCUCAUGUAAUUCCCUGAUUGCUUCAUACAUUGUUGUGAUUGGUUAGACUGUUUCACAUGGCAUUCCUGUAAACAUUCGCCAGAUGGAAAAAAAAACCUUCCAUGUCAUAUGUCCUGUAGAAUUUUUUUUAACUGAUUAUUUUGUGUUAUUUUGAUAUUCCACGUUUUAAUACAUACUGAUAGCAGAACUUUAAUUCUAAAAUGUUCUUAUCACCUUGUAUAACUUAUUUUUUUUUAAAUAUUGAUACAAUAAAGUUUGUUUGUUUCCCUUUA